AUGGUCACUCUUACAUCCCUUCCACUGGAAACCCUCGAAAUCAUCGCAUCCGACCUCGCCGACUCUAAACAGAGUCUCUACGCUUUCUCGCAAACGAGCAGGCGCUGCAAUGCAGCAUCAAAGAACCGGUUCCGCGCGAUCACAGUGCGCGUUUCAUCCCUCAAAAACCUCGAAGCCGAGAUCGAGUCGUGGAAUACGAUCUUUGAGCGGAAUUCAGCGUUCGGUUUCGUCCGGGAAUUGACCAUCUGUGGACGCCUUGCUACGCCUGCCGAUGAAGCGGAAGAACAAGGGAAUUGCGGGAAUCCACUACCGAAGGCGAUCGUCGAGCAUGAUCAAGGUGAAGAUGAGCUCACACGACGUGGGGAGGUCUACGAUGAUAUCCUACGUGGACGGUUCUAUCACCUUGGGGUUGAGGAGGAGCUAAGCGAUGACCCUUGGAAGGAGGUCGCGGCAUUGCUCAGGAAAUUGACUGGGUUGAAGGAGGUUGUGUGGGCAUGUGAGAGAUGGUUUCCGCAGCCGUUGUUGGAUGUUUUGCACAGGACUCCGGGGUGUCAGUUGCAUAUCAAGGCCUUUGAUCCGCCGCGGUUAAGCAGGGCCGAUCCUGAUGACGACGAGGACGAUGAUAGUGAUGAUGAUGAAUCAAUACAUGAUUCAGAGGAGGAUACGGCCCUGCAAUCAUGUGGUGCACUGAAGGAAGGCUGCGUCGACGAAAAUGAAUACAGACUAGCGACUUCGCCGUGCCUCACCAGCGUUGUUGUGCCCGUCGCCUAUGACGACCCUCAUCGCGAGUCCAACGAGGAUGCCGCCCAGUGGAUGGUGCGAGCGCUAACGCCGAGCCUAAAGCAUGUCCACAUAAUCGACAGCGGUCCUGGAUUUGCAUACCGAACAAUGACUCGAGUCUCAAGCCGCCAACAUAUCCUCGGAGAUGAGCUCAACGACGAGAUCGGCCCCGGCGAACUGGAGAGCCUGAGUCUCGAUCCCGCCAAUGAAGAGCGCCUGGAAUCAUGGGAGAAAGCCAUUGACUUCUCGCGCCUUCGCAACCUUCAGCUCUGGCGCGCACGCAGAGGUACCCUCGCGAGAGCUCGGCUAUGCGACUUGAGUUCAUUAAAAGUUCUUGCGCUAGAUGUGUUCAAUGACCGGCAUUCCAUUGACGCCUCGCCGGUAGAUCGGGCCGUCGCCACCUUUCUCACAAGUCUUCCUCGCCUUGAAUCUCUGCAUCUCACUGGGCCGUGGUCUGCGGAGACAUUCGCGGCGGUCCUAAAGCACUAUGGGCGAUCCUUACGCACGCUAUCCCUGUAUCCUUCGGAGAACCGCCGCCUCCACCAGUUCCUCAUCACACCAACCAACAUCCAAGCAAUAGGCAAAUACUGCCCUAACCUGCGCGAUGUCAGACUUCAAGUCAAACGCAGCAGCGGCGAUAAGGAAGAGCAGGAAAUAUACCGGGCCAUCGGUGCGCUCCCGAAAGUUAGGCACGUGUCGCUGCAACUCGAUAUCUACAAUCCGGUCAAGGUGGGACUUCCCGAGCGGUCACUCGAACGAGACAGCGAGCACGUCCGCCAGAUAUUCAUCAACAUGGCCAUUGAUGAGAAACUCGCAGAGGAAAUAGCUCGUCUGAUCGCCUCGGAGGGCCGUAUCGAGACUGUGUCUUUGGAUAUCGGAAUCAACGUGACAGGUAUACUAGGCGAUGUCGCUCGGUAUAUGAAGCGUCAGUGGAAGUGCUUCAUCGUCCCGCGUAGUGCAGAUGAGCUUGGGGUCGUCGUCAAAGAACUAAACGUCGAGAGACGGAAGCGCAGAGAGGAAGGGGAAUCCAGCACGGAGCUGUUUGACUUUGCUAAAGCCUUUGCGAGUCUCUGGCCUUUGAAUGAGCAUUUGUCUGGAUGGAGGCAUGCCUGGCACAGCUUUCCGUUGCAGAAGGUUGAGGAGUAG